AUGAGCUUAGAAUCUAUAAAAUAUAAAAGAGGUAAUCUAGAAAUAUUAGAUCAAUUACUUCUACCUCUACAGACAAGAUACGUUAAAGUAAAAGGUGUUGAAGAUGGAUGGAAAGUUAUCAAUAAAAUGCAGGUCCGAGGUGCCCCUGCCAUAGCCAUAGUGGGCUGUUUAUCUCUAGCUGUCGAACUAGAGAGAGACAAUAACUCAGACAAAAAGUUCAUGCGGCAAGAGAUUGAAGGUAAACUUAAUUACCUUGUGUCGGCAAGGCCAACAGCUGUAAACAUAAAACUAGCAGCAGAUGAACUGAUAAAUUUAGCAAAUUCCUUGUGUGCUGACGAGUCAGUAUCACCUGAGGAAUUUAAAGAUAAGUUCAUCAGUAAUAUAGAAGAAAUGUUAACGAAAGAUAUUGAAGACAAUAAAGCAAUAGGAAAGUAUGGAAGUGAGGCCAUCUUAAAAAAUAUGAAUGGUGAUGGCCCUGUUAGAAUUCUCACACAUUGCAACACGGGCUCGUUGGCAACGGCAGGCUAUGGCACAGCAUUGGGAGUUAUUAGGUCGUUACAUGAAACAAAAAAGCUGGAACAUGUAUACUGCACAGAGACUAGGCCAUAUAAUCAGGGUGCGAGGCUCACUGCUUAUGAGUUGGUACAUGAGAAAAUUCCUUCAACAUUGAUUAUUGACAGUGUUGUUUCUGCGCUUAUGAACUCGAGAAGAAUAACUGCUGUAGUAGUAGGUGCGGAUAGGGUUGCUGCUAAUGGCGACACAGCAAACAAAAUAGGAACGUACCAAAUAGCUAUUGCUGCCAAACACCACGCUGUGCCUUUCUAUGUAGCUGCUCCUCUAACUUCUAUAGAUAAAGAUCUUACUUCAGGUGAAAAAAUUAAAAUUGAAGAAAGGCCAGAAAAAGAAAUGACGCAUGUAGGAGAACACAGAAUUGCAGCCCCUGGAAUAAGCUGUUGGAAUCCGUCCUUUGACGUCACACCCGCUUCUUUAAUAACCGGAAUCAUCACAGAAAAAGGCGUUUUUAGUCCGGAUAAAUUACAUGAAAUUGAUCCCAAAUAA